GCAGGCGCACGGUGCUGCUCGGACGCGUGAGGAGUGCAGCCCGCCCCGAGAAUACACCCCAAACACCAACAACAAAAAACUAUAUAUUUUUUUAAAUAAUAAUAAUAAUUAUUUUUUAAAAAUAAUUGUGAUAAAUUAGAUUUUUAAAUAAAGUAUUUUUCUGUGCGCGAGAAUGAGGCGGUUGGUGCUGUUGGCGCUGUGCGCGUGCAGCGCGGUGGUGUGCGUGCCGCAGACCGGCAGGAAUAAGCGACAGGGGCUGCAGCAGGUGCUGGACAUACCGGUGGACCAGCUGCCACACACACGCCAAGCUGGCUGUACAGAGAAUGGGCGUUCUUAUCGAGUCAACGACCAAUGGGAGCGAGCCUACAUGGGCAGCACGUUACUGUGCAGGUGCAGUGGAUCAGACGGCGUCCAGUGUGAAUCCAAACCUGCGGCUGAAGAGCUGUGCUACGAUAAAAUCAACGCGAGGUCGUAUCGCGUGGGCGAGACGUAUGAGCGGUCCAAGGACGGGAUGAUCUGGGACUGCACCUGCAUCGGCUCAGGUCGCGGCAAACUCAGCUGCACCAUCGCAAAUCGCUGCCAUGAAGGAGGGCGCUCAUACCGAAUCGGCGAGACCUGGACCCGACCCCACGACACAGGCGACUACAUGCUCGAGUGCGUGUGUCUCGGAAACGGAAAGGGCGAGUGGACCUGCAAACCCAUCGCCCAGCGCUGCUACGACACGUCACUGGGCACGUCGUACGUGGUGGGGCAGACGUGGGAGAAAGCUUUUCAGGGCUGGAUGAUGGUUGACUGCACGUGUAUGGGUGAAGGGAACGGACGCAUCAUCUGCACCUCCAGGAACCGCUGUAACGACCAGGACAUGAGGAAGUCGUACCGUAUCGGCGAGACGUGGACCAAAGUGGACUCACAAGGCCGCAAGCAGCAGUGUUUGUGUACAGGAAACGGACGCGGCGAAUGGAAGUGCGAGAGUCACACGUCUGUGCAAACCGCCCUCGGUGAGUGCGAUACAGGUUCGGGCUCAACCUUGUCUACUCAGGUCAAACCCGUCACUCACCAGCUGAACAUUGUGCCCGAGCUGCUUGAGAUCGGCGCGUGUCAAACCGGAUCUGGCACCACCUACUACAGCGGCAUGCGCUGGGUCCAAACGCAGGGCAGCCAGCAGAUGAUCUGCACCUGCAUUAACGGAGGCAUCGGCUGCAAAGAAUGGGCCGGGCAGUCUCAAGUGUAUGGCGGGAACUCCAACGGCCAGCCAUGCGUGUUCCCCUUCGUGUUUGAUGGAAAAACACACUACUCCUGCAUCUCUGAAGGCCGAACUGACGGGCAGCUGUGGUGCAGCACCACCUCCGACUACGACACGGAUCGCCAGUACUCUUUCUGUACUCAGAGGAACAUGAUGGUGACGACUCGUGGUGGAAACUCUAAUGGCGCUCUGUGCCAUUUCCCCUUCCUGUACAACGGCCGUAAUUACACAGACUGCACAUCCGACGGCCGACGCGACGGGAUGAAGUGGUGUGGCACUACAGCGAACUACGAUGAUGAGCGACGCUACGGAUUCUGUCCCAUGGCAUCUCAUGAGGAAGUUUGCACAGUAAACGACGUCAUGUACCGCCAGGGUGAUGAGUGGGACAAGCGCCAUGACACCAUGGGUCACAUGAUGCGCUGCAAGUGUGAGGGAAACGGCCGGGGCGAGUGGAGUUGCAUUGCCCACUCACAGCUUCGAGAUCAGUGUAUUGUAGACGGACUCACAUAUGAAGUGGGCCAGACGUUUGACAAGCGCCACAACGAGGGCUACAUGAUGAACUGCACAUGCUUCGGUCAGGGCCGCGGCCGCUGGAAAUGUGACGCUAUCGAUCAGUGCCAAGAAGCCGAGACAAAAGUGUUCUAUCAGAUCGGCGAGACGUGGGACAAAGUGAGCCACGGCGUCCGAUAUCGGUGUACCUGUUACGGAAACGGUAUCGGAGAGCAUGCCUGCGAGCCUCUCCAGUCCAGGGUCCCAGUACGCGUGACCAUCACGGAGACGGGAAACCAGCCCAACUCGCACCCCAUCCAGUGGAACCCACCAGCAUCGGCCCACAUCACUCAGUACAUCCUCAAGUGGAGAGUGAAAAACACGCGCACUCCGUGGAAAGAGGUCCUUAUUCCCAGUCACAUCAACUCCUACACCAUCUCAGGCCUGAAACCAGGCCUCACCUACGAGGGGCAGCUGAUUAGCAUCCUGAGCUACGGUCACAGAGAGGUGACCAGAUUCGACUUCACCACCUCCUACGGCUCGCUGGUUCCUACAGAAGGCGUGACCACUCUGCCCACUCGAGAGGUGGACAGGUCCGAGUCCAUCACCGAGAUCACGUCCAGCAGCUUCGUCAUUUCCUGGACGUCGGCGUCUGAGACCAUCUCCGGAUUCAGAGUGCAGUACGAGCUCUCUGAGGAGGGAGCUGAGCCCACGGUGAUCGAACUCCCACGCACGGCCACGUCGGUGAACAUCGAAAACCUCCUGCCAGGCCGAACGUACCACGUUCGGGUUUACGAAGUCGAUGUGGAAGGAGGCGAAAACGUCAUACUGACCACCUCUCAGACCACCGCUCCUGAUUCGCCGAGCGAUCACCGAGUUAGGGACGUCGGAGAAAUGUCCAUCGUGAUCUCCUGGACCAAACCACAAGCGCCGAUCACUGGUUACCGUGUGGUGUACACCCCGUCUGUGGAAGGCAGCAGCACUGAGCUCAUCCUGCCCGAGACGGUGACCACGGUCACCCUGGGUGACCUCCAGCCGGGCCAGUCGUAUAACGUCAGCAUCUUCGCCGUGAAGGAGAACCUGGAGAGCGUGCCGGUGGUGCUGCAGGUCCACACAGCCGGAGAGUCGCGACCCGAGGAAGUCCAGGCACCGACCGAGCUGCAGUUCUACGAGGUCACCGAUGUGAAGAUCACAAUCACGUGGACCGGACCGCCCAGCGAAGUGUCCGGCUACCGCGUGACCUAUGAACCCGUGAGUCCGGACGGCCACACGACACAGAAGCCGCUAGCGCUCCCCACCACGCCCAACGCCUACGCCGAGAUCACGCACCUGCAGCCUGGCACCUUGUACCGCUUCUACGUCUACGCCGUCUACGGUGGAGCCGAGAGCCAGCCGCUGGUGGGCGAGAAGUCGACCCGACCCGACGCUCCUACGGAUCUGCACUUCCCAGACGUCACAGAAGACACGGUUCUGGUGGCGUGGUCCGCCCCACAGGCCCAAAUCACCGGUUAUCGCUUCUACAUAACCACGGAGGACUCCACCUCUCCGACACUGUUCAGGGUCCGACCCGAGGAGACCCAGUACACCAUCCAGGACCUGCAGCCGGACACGGUGUACACCAUCACCGCGCACUCAGAGCAGGGCAACACGCUGAGCGAGGGCAUCUCCGGAACCGUCACCACCUCCGUGCCAUUCGGCAACGCCCCCCGUUUCUCCGCGGACAUCACCGACACUUCCAUCAUAAUCUCCUGGACUCCUGUUCCUCGCUUCAGCUACAGGAUGUCGGUGAAGCCCAGUCAGGGUGGCGAGGCUCCCAGGGUCGUGACCUCCGACUCAGGAAGUAUCUACAUCUCAGGCCUGACCCCCGGAGUGGAGUACACGUACAGCCUGCAGCCCCUCUUCAACGGCCGCAGGCAGGGCAGCCCCAUCACACGCAACGUGGUUACACCGUUGUCUCCACCGAGUAAUCUGAAUGUGGUGUCCAACCCCGACACGGGCGAGCUCAACGUGCGCUGGCGCGAAUCCACCACUCCCGACAUCACGGGUUACCGGGUGACAUGUACGCCCACCUCGGGGCAGCGUGGGAAUUCUCUGGAGGAGUUUGUGCGGGGCAGACAGACUUCGUGCACGCUGGAGAACCUGAGCCCUGGUGUUGAGUACAACGUCAGCGUCUACACCGUUAAAAACCACAUGGAGAGCGAACCCAUCUCCUCAGUUAUCACACAAGACGUGCCGAAGGUGAAAGACCUCGGCUACGUCAACGUCACCGACACCACCAUCGGAAUUCAGUGGACGCCUAUAAACAACGUCGCCGUUACGGGGUACCGCAUUACGGUGCUGGCCGCCGGGGAGAGUUUGCCCAUCCUGGAGGAUUCGCUGGAUUCGUCCACUAGUUUUUAUACGGUUCGGGGGCUGGAGCCCGGUGUCGACUACCACAUCAGCGUGAUUGUGCUAACGGAGGAGAGCGAGAGCGAGCCGACAACGAUCACGCAGCAAACGCAAGCCGCCGUUCCGGCUCCCACCAACCUGAAUUUCGGCGAGGUCGGUCCAGACUCGAUGCGCCUCUCCUGGACCCGCCCCUCAGUCCGCCAGUCAGAGAUCAGCCGCUUCGUGAUUCGCUAUCACCCGAGCAACGAUGACGACAACAUACAAGAAGUAAACGUGGGCGGAGCCACCAGCACCUACCUCCUCCAACACCUGCUUCCCGUCACUGAGUACGUGGUGAGCGUGUCGUGUGUGUAUGGUGAGCGAGAGAGCACCCCGGUCACGGGCAGACAGACCACCACUCUCGACGCUCCUACCGGUCUCGUCUUCUCCGAUGUGUUCACCCACUCGUUCACGGCGCACUGGCAGGCCCCGCGCUCCCCGAUCACAGGCUACCGGCUGGUGUACGAGGCGACCAGCGGGGGGCGCCGUCAGGAGGAGCGUCUGCCACCGAGCCGCACGCGUUAUGCCCUGAACAACCUGCAACCCAACACACUGUACACACUCUACAUCUACGCCGUCAGCGGCCGCCAGGAGAGUCAACCUCUCACCGGCACACAGUCUACCAUCUCGGAUGCUCCCACUGACCUGGAGGUGACCUCAUCCACCCCGAAAAGCAUCACCAUCUCCUGGGACGCUCCUGCUAUUCCAGUGCGCUACUACAGGAUCAAACACGAACAGACCGGAGAGCGCGGCCCUGGUCAGGAGUUCACCGUGCCAGGUACAGAGUCGACGGCCACCAUCAGUGGCCUGCAGCCGGGCACUGAUUACACCAUCACCAUCUACGCAGUGACCGGCAGAGGAGACAGUCCAGCAUCCAGCACACCAACCAUCAUCACACAUCGCACCGGCAGCCACAGCGUCCCAUCUCCCACAGAUCUAGACGUGACUGAUAUCCAGGACCAGGCCAUCUUGGUGCGCUGGAGUCCUGCGAGAGGCCCGAUCAAAGGCUACAGGGUCACUGGGAACCCCAAAAACGGAGUGGGACCCACUUUCACCAAGGAGGUGGGACCUGAUCAGACAGAGUUGAGAAUAACAGGUCUGGUGCCGACAGUGGAGUACGUAAUCAGCGUCUAUGCCAUCGGCCAUGGUGGAGCGAGCUCACCAGUGAUGGAGAGGACAGCUACAAUCAAGACACCGGAAAGUCCCGAAGCUCUGACGUUCUCCGACGUGGACAGCUCCUCAGUGCGCGUGUACUGGCAGCCCCCGCGUGGUCGUGUCACCUCGUACCGCGUAUUGUACUCAAGCCCGGAGACGGGAGAACUCGAGUGGGUACCGGCUCCAAACAGGGACGACGAUAAUGUGCUUCUCCAACAUCUGAGACCUGGAACUGAAUACAGCGUCAGAGUGAUCGCCACGACCGACCGAGGCGCCACCACGGAGUUGGAGGGAACACACACCAUCCCUGAGGCGCCCCAUGUCAAAGCUGUCCCCGCCCCCACCAACAUCCAGUUCGGAGACGUGGGCCCCUCGUCCUUCGUGGUGCUCUGGAAGGCACCAAACGUCAGGCUGAACGGAUACCGUGUCCUCGUGACGCCCAAAAACAACAUCGCGCAACCAAAAGAGAUGACCGUAGCUCCUGAUACCAUGCAGGUCACCGUCACUGGACUUCUGGUGUCCACAGUGUACGAGGUGCGCGUGUACGCGCUGAAGGAUUCAGUCAGCAGCCCAGCGCUCGUUGGAGAGGUCACAACAACUGAAGACAUCAGCCCUCCCCGGCGCCUUCGCGUCAGCGAAGUGAAGGAGACAAGCAUUACGCUCAACUGGCGCUCCAAGAACGAGCCAAUAACAGGCUUCUUGAUUGAGGCCAAGCCCACCUCAGGAAACUCUCCACCCAUCAGCAAGACGAUUCCAGCUGAACAGCACAGUGCCAUAAUUACAGGUCUUCAGCCUGAUACCUCUUACAUCAUCAACAUCUACACACUGAACGGAGACAGACGCAGUGAACCCUUCACCCUCACCAUCAAAACAAUUGGUUCGUCCCUCCAGCCCCCGACUAACCUCCGGUUCCUGGCUCCGGCUCCGAACUCCAUCUCCUUCAACUGGCAGCCGCCAACCAGCCACAUCACAGGAUAUUACAUCACCUACGAGGAAGAAGGAGGCAGCCCACGUGAGCUCACGCCACGCCCACACCCCGGCACCAACUACGCCACCAUCACAGGCCUGAAACCAUCCACCGUGUACAUCAUUAAGAUCAUCGCUCUGCAGAACACACUGAGAAGUCCACCACUGGUGGGCAGGACCAGGACACAGGAAUCAGUGUCUCUGCUGCCUGUACAUCCGCGCCCCAACACCCUUGGUCCCCUGGACGUCCCUGAGACGGACAUCGUGGUGAACGUGGUGGGUCCGACGGUGAAGCCGAGGCCAGGCGAGGGCGGCCAGGGCAUGGAGUACACCGAAUACAACAACCAGCCCACUCUGCCUCACAGCGGGCACCGACCGAACCCCUACGUCCCCGGGACGGGCCAAACUCUCAUCUACGUGCCCGCCCCGGGGCCGGACGGCUCACGAGUGCCCAAAAUAGUGCAGCUGAGCGACAGAAACGCUUACGGUUUCCUUUUUCCAGAAAACAAGACAGGGACGCCGCUGGAGGCUCAGACUCAGACCACCGUCAGCUGGCAACCCUUCAAGCAGAGCACCGCCUACCUUGUGACCUGCCAUCCUGUCACACAGCUCAAUGAGAAGAUGUUCCAGUUGCAACUUCCUGCCACCUCCACCAGCGCCACACUGAUCGGCCUGACGUCCGGUGCUUCGUACCGCGUCCUCGUCGAGGCUCUGAAGGACGCACUCAAGUACAAAAUCCUUGACGAGAUCAUCACCGCCGGUAACACAGACCCAGCAAGAGUUCCAUCCAGCGAAGAUUCAUGCUACGACACUUUAACGGCUACCCAUCACAAGAUAGGGGAUGAGUGGGAGCGCAUGUCCGAGACCGGCUUCAAGCUGUGGUGCAGGUGCCUGGGCCUGGGCAGCGGCCAUUUCCGAUGUGACUCCUCCAAGUGGUGCCAUGACAACGGCAACAACUACCGCAUCGGCGAGCGGUGGGAGAGACAAGCGGAAAACGGUCACAUGAUGACCUGCACGUGCCUCGGCAACGGCAAGGGAGAGUUCAAGUGUGAGCCACAUGAGUCGACGUGUUACGAUGAUGGAAAGACGUACCAGGUGGGAAACCAGUGGCAGAAGGAGUAUCUCGGGGCGAUCUGUACCUGCACCUGUUACGGAGGACAGCAGGGUUGGCGUUGUGAAAACUGCAAAAAGCCCGGAACUGAGAUCAACACUCAUCUGCUGAGGCCGGUCCGCUACGGAGACGGCAUCGCCAAAGUGAAUAUCCACUGCCCAAUCGAAUGUCUCCGGCCGGAUAUCCUGGCUGACGCCGUGGCCAAUCCCAACCCAAGAGUGAAGUGAUUCGUGAUUUUCACCUUCUCUCCCCGCCCACCAAACCCCGCUCCCUCCUGUUAACACAACUCUGAUGUGAGACGUAACGUCUGUGAGACUCUACUAACCCCCCAGUGCCUUAAAGCCUUCCUACUGGUUACUGCAAUUACCGCUGCUGCUUCUCAGCCAAUCAGCGAAGCCGACAUGACGCCGUAGCAACGCCAUAGAGAUGCCAUAGCGAUUUUCACUGCUUUUAAUUGGUUGUGCUGUCGUUCAGGCAUUUUGAUUGGGUUUCAUCUGUUUUUUUUUUUUUUUGUUUUUUGUUUUUUUAAAUAAAGAGGACAAAACAUUUAGCUUUAAAACAUACAAAGAAUGUAGCCAAAUUUCAGUACAAAUAAAUAAAAUGAAAUUUACCAAAAAAUACUUUACCAGUGUUAUUAAAAAAAAACUUAAUGAUAAAACUAUUUUUAUAACUGCACAAAGAAUAACAAAAAUCAAGCACUGAUUUGUGAGAAUGUUACAUGAGCUUUUAGCACACUGAGCUUUUUUAAUUCUUCCGUUAUUUUUUCCCUAUGGCGCGAGUUCACUCAGAGCCAGCACUGUUUUUUUUUUUAGAUCAACACGUGAUUUUGCUGAUCUGUCCUGAUUUGUCGAGUGCUUUGUGAUUUAUUUAUCCAUUUGGCCCCACAAGUGUUUUCAUUAAAUGCAAUUAAGAAACUAAUUGUACUGUUGGUGCCAAAGUCUUCACUACUGUCAAAUUCCCAUUUUUAAUAAAGUUUUACAAAGAA